AUGAUGACGAUUUCCACAUUAUCAUUUGAAGUUGUAGCUGUUUGUUUUUUCAUCAUUUUAAUUAUUAUAUUAACAAUCGGAGGAAAUCUCGUUGUUCUUUUUGCUUUCUACAAUGAUCCACAUUUAUUGACGCCAUCAAAUAAUUUUCUUUUAUCCAUGGCAAUUGCUGAUUUACUCGUUGGUCUCAUAGCUAUGCCAUUCCAUUCAUUUGCUCAAAUACGAGGUUUUUGGCCAUUUGGUGAACUUUUCUGUAAAAUCUGGUUGACUAUCGACGAUGUCGCAACAAUGGCAAGCGUACUAUCAAUUGUGGCUAUAACUAUCGAGCGUUAUUGGAGUAUUAAUCAUAGUGUUCAUUAUCGUCGUCAUACAACAAAGACUCGAAUUAGAAUAUUUUCAAUUCUGAUUUGGCUUAUUCCAUUGAUUAAUUUUGCACCGGGCAUAUGGUUACUUGAUCACAUUGAUACGGCUCCUGAAGCAAACAUAACGAAAAAAAACAAUCUAGAGUGUAUCGGUGCAUACCAUUCGCACGCUGUUUAUUUAAUUAUUGCUCAAAUCAAUUUUUUUGCAUGGCCGUUAGCUGUUAUUCUUAUUCUCAAUGUGUUAAUUAUUGUUAGUCUCUAUCAUCGAUCGCAGCGGUUUCCAACCUUAAAUAGUACGACGGACAAACGCAAACCGAAUGGCUUACGAAAGGUUAAUGAUAAAACUGACAAUCAGUCAACGAAACAAGAACAGACAAUCGAAAACGACGACGGAACGUUAUCGAAUAGUAACGAACAUAAUUAUCAAACAUUAAACAAAACCGAUACCGAGGUUCAUGCACACGAGCAUCCGGUUAGUACUAUACCACCGGUGAUCAAGGAAGUGGAAGAACCUUUAAUCGAAGAAGAAGCCGUUAAAUCCCAGCCUAUUGAUGUUGUCUCAUCAUCGGUUAAUGUCGAAAGGAGAUCAUCGUCAUCGAAGCUUUACACUCGUAUUAAAAAGGCUCUUUUACCUUCGUCUUCGUCGAUGGUACCCGGCUCUCGAACAACCAAAUCAACGCAAACACUAUGUCGACAAGUACAACGAAACGACCGAGCAUCGAAUCCGAUAUUUACAUGGCGUCAUAAUUCAUUUCGACUAUCGAAACGCAAUACAACAAUGAAUAGCGGCGAACAGCGCACCGUUCGCCGUUUAAGACGAGAUAAACGUGCUGCCACAUCACUUCUCAUUCUUGUUCUUGUAUUCAUGAUUUUCUUAUUACCUUAUGUUGUUGUUGUUGUUGCUGGAAGUAUAUUUUCAUUAGAAAUCUUAACCGAUACAAAUGGACAAUUAUAUUCAGCUGUAUUUUGGCUUUUAUGGCUCAAUUCAACUGUCAAUCCAAUUCUCUAUCCAUUUAUUCAGCCAAAAUUCCGUGACGCGUAUAGAAGACUGUUUUUAAGGAUUACGAGACGACGACGUCGGUUAGCGUCUCUUAUUGCUGACAUGCAACGAAAUAAAUGA